CUCGCGCACAGCCGAGGACGGCGACCUCUUCCCCUUCUGCCCGGGUUGCCCAGGGUGAAGAUGAAACAGGAGAAGCAUGCCCGCUGGGAGACGGACAGGGAAGAAAAACUGGUUUUAGUCAAUGGGAGCUGCAGUGAUUUGGCCGAGGAUAAACCCAGCCCCAACUUGGAUGCCAAAGGGAAACGGAAGAAAGCAGAUGUUCAAGAGUCAGAAAACCCAGCUCCGAAGGCAAAGGAGAAGAACAAGACAGAGGAAACCCUAAAAGAGGGCCAGGAGGUCCGGAUCCGUGGAAGCGCUGGAUGGGAGAACAGCUUGCGACAGAAGCCCCCUCCCCGCAUCGUCUUCCAGGCCGGGCCAGCCUCGCUGGAGAAGAAAUCGAAAGACGACGUGGAGAGCGUGGAGAGCUUCAAAGAGCGGCACAAGAUCAGGUAUUCCAGGAGGAUUUCUGCCAACGGUCCGAUCGAUUUCUCAGAGGACAAAUUAUCAGAGUCCAGCCAGAGCAGCGGCGCCGGAGUCUCAAACGGGUUGCGCUACGGAGGGUCCCUGAGAAGAGUUGAAGAGUACCAGGAUGGGAAGGAUUUUAAAAUCGGGGAGCUUGUCUGGGGCAAGAUCCGAGGCUUUGCUUGGUGGCCGGCCAUCGUGGUGUCGUGGAAGUCGACCUCCAACCGACAAGCGGGUCCCGGGAUGCGUUGGGUGAAGUGGUUUGGAGACGGGAAGUUUUCAGAGGUCUCGGCAGACAAACUGGUGGGACUGGUGGCCUUCCAGGAGCAUUUCAACCCAACCACUUUAAACAAGAUGGUGUCCUACCGACAAGCCAUUCUCCAUGUUUUGGAGGUCGCCAGCAACCGAGCCGGCAAGGUUUUCUCAAGUACCCCAGGUGAUUCUCUGGAAGAGAAGCUGAAGCCCCUGGUGGAUUGGGCCCUCGGCGGCUUUAGGCCCAUGGGAGGCAAAGGAUUGAAGCCGCCCAAGACCUCAGAGGACACAGAUCUCCCGGAGAUAAGUGCGGAAGACCCAGCGGCCACCUCCGAACCAGCCCCUCCGACCAAGCGGCUCAAGACAAGCAUCUGCAAUGGCAACAACAAGGAGCAGGCAGAGGAGAACCAAAGCAAAGAGAGGAUGCUGUCUGAAGUACGAAAUAACAAGAAAAGCCUGGAAGACAGCUGUUUAUCGUGUGGGAAGAGGGAUCCGGUAACUUUCCACCCGCUCUUUGAAGGGGGCCUUUGCACAAUUUGCCAGGAUCGCUUCCUGGAACUUUUCUACAUGUAUGACGAUGAUGGCUACCAGACCUACUGCUCCAUUUGCUGCGAGGGGAGUGAGCUGCUUCUUUGCGAUAACGCCAGCUGUUUUAGAUGCUUUUGUGUGGAUUGCUUGAAUACCCUGGUGGGUCGCGGGGCGGCCGAUGCCGCCCGGAAAGAGGAACCCUGGAGCUGUUACAUGUGCCAGCCGCAAAAACGGUACGGCCUCCUCUUGCGCCGGCACGACUGGACCACUCGCCUGAAGGAAUUCUUCACUAACGAGAAAGGGCAGGAGUAUGAUGCUCCGAAAAUCUAUCCCGCCAUCCCAGCGGCAAAGCGGAGGCCGAUCCGGGUGCUUUCCCUCUUUGAUGGCAUCGCAACAGGGUACCUGGUUCUGCGGGAUCUAGGCAUCAAAGUGGAAAAAUACAUCGCUUCUGAGAUCUGCGAAGACUCCAUGGCUGUGGGAACAGUGCGGCACGAAGGGAACAUUAAAUAUGUGCAUGACGUCAGGAACAUCACCAAAAGAAAUAUCGAUGACUGGGGCCCUUUCGAUUUGGUGAUUGGUGGGAGUCCUUGCAACGACCUCUCCAUCGUGAAUCCAGCCAGGAAGGGGUUGUACGAAGGGACCGGACGCCUUUUCUUUGAGUUCUACCACCUGCUGAAUUAUACGCGCCCAAAAGCCGGAGAAGACCGCCCGUUUUUCUGGUUAUUUGAGAAUGUCGUGGCCAUGCGAGUCAAUGACAAGAGGGACAUCUCUCGGUUUUUGGAGUGUAACCCAGUGAUGAUUGAUGCUGUGAAGGUCUCGGCGGCACACCGAGCGCGAUAUUUCUGGGGGAACCUCCCAGGGAUGAACAGGCCUCUGGUGGCUUCGAAGAACGAUAAACUUGAACUGCAGGAUUGCCUGGAAUACAGCCGGACAGCAAAGUUGAAAAAGGUCCAGACUAUAACCACAAAGUCCAACUCCAUCCGGCAGGGCAAAGCCCAGACUCUGCCAGUGCGCAUGAACGGGAAGGAUGAUGAUUUGUGGUGCACUGAACUGGAAAGGUGA